AUCAGGCUGUCCUUGAGCUCACCAAAGAAUCUGAUAACUCACAAGAACAAAGAUGGCAGGAAAGCAAGCAACCAUAGCUCUCUUAUUCCUCUCCCUCUUUUUCUCAGAGUUUACAUCGGGACUAGCGGCGGCAUCGACUCGGAAGGACGGGAAGAAACUUGGGACGGUGAUUGGGAUUGAUCUGGGGACGACAUACUCAUGUGUCGGGGUGUACCGAAAUGGACGAGUGGAGAUCAUCGCGAACGACCAGGGGAACAGGAUCACUCCGUCGUGGGUGGCCUUCACCGACGACGAGCGCCUCAUCGGGGAGGCCGCGAAGAACCAGGCCCCCCUCAAUCCGGAGCGCACCAUCUUCGACAUUAAGCGCCUCAUCGGACGGCGGUAAUUCAUAGACCCUUUGUACCAAUUCAUAAGCCAGGAGGAGAUCGACAGGAUGGUGAAAGAAGCUGAAAUGUUUGCAGAAGAGGAUAAGAAGAUCAAGGAGAGCAUUAAUGCAAAGAACAGAUUCGAAAAUUAUGUUUAUAACAUGAAAAGCACCAUCAAUGAUAAAGACAAGCUCGCUGACAAGAUUGAAUCGGAUGAUAAGGAGAUGAUGGAGAGCGCAUUGAAGGAAGCCAUGGAGUGGUUGGAUGACAAUCAGAAAGCAGAAAAGGAAGACUUUGAUGAGAAGCUGAAGGAGUUGGAGCAGGUCUGCAAUCCUAUCAUAAAGAAGGUGUAUGACAAGAGUGGAGGUGCAAGAAGUCCUUCUGAGUCAGACGAUGAUGAUGAUAAUAUUCAUGAAUUAUGAGAAGCUCAUGGUAUUUAUGAGCUUGUUUUUUUGACCUAAACUAGGCGAAUGUUUUAGUAUUGUACAGUGGACAUAAAUGAGUCCGACUGUAGGUUCUUUUAUCCAUCCUGCUAGUUUGCUCAAGGUCUUUUAUUCUUAACGAAAUUUUUUUCAACCUUAUCAUUUCUUGAUGAAGGUGUUCU